ACAAGGGCGACAUCUGCGGGCGUUAGUCACCUACAAACGCCCGUCUUCGGCCGCACAUCUGGCUUUUCCAUCUGAGGUUCCAGCCUUCUCACCUGGCCACGACGCUGCGACUUCCUAGGACGCUGCCACAGCCAGCGGACCCUGGAUCCCGAACCUGACGCCUAGCCGCUGCCGCGGACUCAGGUCUUAUAGUUGCUGUGGAAAUCAGGAAACAAUGGCAUCUAAGAAAUUUGCUGUUAAAGUGACAUGUGGCCCUGUCUUCGAAAGCCUGUCCAAGUUGCCACUCAGUUCAGAAGAACAGAGAGAUUGCAAGGAUUUUGCUGUCCUGGUGGAUCUUCAUGUAUCUCCACAAGGGUCAAACAAAGAUACCAGCUGGUUUUCUGAACAGAAAAAAGAGGAAGUCUGUUUGCUGUUAAAGGAAACCAUUUAUUCAAGAGUUAAGGAGUACUUGGAAGUCCGUAAACAGCACAAGCCAUCAAAUACAGAAUUCACAAGAUCCACUCCCUUGUCCUUAAAAGGUUAUGGGUAUCAGAUCACAGCCUAUUUCCUCAAGAGGGGGAUACACCUUCGCUGCAUUGGGAGCUUACAGAAUACUAAACUCCGCGUAUUUCCUGACCGAUUUGUGGUCCUUGUUAGUCAGCUUGCAGUCAUUCCUGACAUCUUGUCAAAUCAGAAAGAAUUGACAGAAAGAGCUCUCCAUGGAGUGUCUGAUUAUUUUGCUGAGUGUGCGGAGAGUCCACUUCCUCCCGGUGCAAAGCUCAGGAGAAAUGCUCUGAAAGAAAUUGUGAAAAGAACUGAAACGAAAAGCAUCUCAAGCAAAUCACAGAGCCACAGGGCCACUGUGAGAACUUCUAGUGACUCAGACAUUACAGUGGUGGUGAGGAGGAGCGAUGAUGAUCAGGCCUUAUCCAGUCCCGCAUCAGAAUCCAUGGGACAAGAAAAGGAUUACAUAAAGGCAGUGGAGCGCCACUGGAGGCUUCCUGUUCAAAAGCUGGAAAAUGUUAAUCAGACUCAACCAGAAGACACUAACAGCCAACAAAAACCUCAUCCUGGGGAGUGGUUAAAGACAGGACUUCUAAGCAGGAGCCCUGUCUACAGCUGUGAGUCAGCAUCCCCAGGUCCAAAGCAAAGUCCAUGGGCGGCCAAAACACAACAGAAAUGCAGGAACUGUGGCUCUGCAGAAGACUCCCACCACCACAAGAGAGUUUCUCUUGGAAGUGAUCGAUUAGUCUCUGGAGAAAUAAUAGUGGAAAAAAGCACAGCUGUCGGUCGUUUGCCAACUUUAGAGCUGUCAGAUCCAGGGUUACUUUUGAAACAAGAUUUGGCGAAAACCAUGUCUAAGGACGAGUUGCAUGUUUUGGAAAAUCUCUCCUCCAGACAUCUUAUGAAAAAUAACCCAGCACAGGAACAGCAAACUAGCUCAGCCACAAAUCCUAGAAAAUUAUCUAUACCUCAGGGCAACCUAACCGAAAAAAGAAAGAAAUUGCAAAGGAUUGCAAAGUUAUAGUUGAGGAUAUAGUUGUCAAAUCUGUGACAGGAGAUCCACAUGUAUAGGUACUGAGAUAAAAAAGGAAUUAAUUAGAAUGAUUUUCUUAAAUAAAAAGUAUAUAUUGUGUUAGGGUUAGUUUUUAAGCAGUCACCACCAGGAGGGUAUAUGCUUGUUCUAAUAAUGUUGCUGCUUUCUUGUCAUAUCUUAUAACUGUCUUCAAACAUUAUUUUAAUGACAAAGAGGCAUUCACCUUAACAGGGAGGAUACCAUUUGUGCAAAGACUGCAUGGAGAACAAAUCAUAUGCCCUUCUUUGACCCAUUACUAUGCAGACCUUGUGAUGGGGCACAUAAGGACAGUGCCAUGGUGCUGCAGUUCUGUUGUGGGAGUACAGUUGAUCUACUCCCUAGUGAAAGAAUUAGCUUGUAUUUCUCAACAUGUAGUCCUAGCACCAGUAUUAUGGUCUGAAAAUACAUUAAAAAUGUGAGUAUAUUGGGUCCCACCCAGACCUGCUGAAUGAGAAACUGGGUGAUUCUGAAAUGUGCUCAAGUUUGAGAACCACUGGACUAAUGGGAAACUCUAUUGUUAAUUCAUCCAGCCUGGCCACCAUGGCCUCCAGCUCAUCAGCUGGGGCCACGUGUGGACAUGUACCCCCUCAGAUUCCCUCAAACUCAUAAAAUACCUGGGCUCAGUGUAUGAGUCAGUCUGUUCCCAGGUACUAGAGUAGGACAGCCAAAGCACCUAGGGAGCUGUUAUACUUCUAAUUGCCGGAAGUUUGUGGAUAAUUCAUCCCAGCAUUAUGGGAAGACAUGGGAGAGGCUUGCUCUUACUUGCAGCUCAGGCAUGCCUCUGACCAUGCCCCUGCACCUCCAGGAUUUUGGUUAGGUUCAAGACAGACCAGAACCCAAAGAGACUCAGUGGCCAGAAUUUUCAUUUUCCCGGUUAUAUGGCUUUACAGGCAGUUUAAAUUCUCCUUGCUUGCACUGUCUGCUCUCAUGAUGGUGCCACAAAAAGACAUAUGGCCUAUGAGUUCAACCUGGAAGGUUAAUCUGCACCCUAUUUUGAUUCUGGAAAUUUUGAAGUUUCUUCAGGAGAAGGUUAGAGUCAGUGGAAAAACAGGAAAUCUCAGCAGUGUUGUUCACAUUGGACAUUUCAAAAAUAAAAUCACAGAAAUGGUUCUCUGAAAGGUAUUUGAAAUACAUUACCAGGAAAUACCUUAAAAAUCUUCGUGAUUGGCUUCUUAUGGCUGCAUCUAACAAUGAGAUGUAUGAACUCUGUUACUUCCCGUCAUGAUGGAGAUGAAUCAGAAUCUGAGGUCUAGGUAAAGCCACUCUUUAUGGGGCUUUGGUUGCUAAUUUUUAAAAAAUCAAGCAUUCAUUCAAUUUUAUUCUAAAGUAACAAACUUUAUUCAAAGGCCAUCCAUCCAGUGCAUCAUUUUUUCUUCUUAACAUCAGGUGAUCCUUUAAAGAGGCAUCUCUAAGCCAAAAAAGAAAGUCAAGUAUAGUCCCCAAAAUGUUUAAAUUAGCAAAAAUAAAUACCAACAAAAUAAAAGAAUACGGAAAUAGGUUCAGGGUAGGUUCGUACUUGAAAUGAAUGAGUGCCCUUCCUGUAUGUCCUUUCCCUGAAUGUAUUGUGUAAAAUGAGGCCCAUUGGUAGGCCACCGUAUUUCAUGGAACUAUUUUGUAUCCUGGAGUUCAGCUGUGGUCAUAAAGCCUGGCCUUGAGUGUCUAUUACUUUGGAGUGCCAACCCUGCCCGGAAAUUUGUCCUUUUCCUACAGUUCAGCCUCGACACCUCCACUAGAACCAUACUGUAGUCCUGCCCCCUACGAUCCUUUCCACUUCCUUUCUAUCUUUCUUCCUGCUCCCAGCUGACUCUAGUCAAGUCUGUAGUAUAGAGAAGAGUGAGCCCAAUAGAAUGCUAACCUCAGCAGAGCUGAUUCUGCUUGUACAAUAGGGAUAGACUGCUCAGAAUGGAAACUUCCUGAGAAGUGGUAGAACAUUGUGGCUGUGGCCCAUCAUAGGCCCUCUAUAUUAGAAUGACCAGUAUUCUAGAUAUGCUCUUAACUGGAGACAGGACCACAAUGUGUCAUUAAAUGAUCUUAAACAAAUAAUUAUUAGAUCAUUUUAUAAACCAGUCUCUGGAAGAGUGUAGAAUAAAAACAGUGGCCCUACCAGAAGCUAUUGCCUGCUGUAGAACUAGGAGGAGAUACUGGAAUUGAAAUCGCCAGGUUUUAUUGAGGAAAUUUUUGUUUCAUUAGUUAACCUAGUCUUGACGGUUAAGACCAAUAUGUGUGCUUAUAAUGAUUUCCUUUCAAGAAAAGUUCUGGAUUUAGAGUUUGUUAGAUUCAGGAAAAUAACAAUUCCUGUGCUCUAAAGGAGAAAACAGCACCCUUGGGUUGUAGAUAGAUGUGAUCUUUCUCAUAGCCUUUCUGUACCAUGGUUUUUAACAGGAUUAACAGGAACGGGAGGUGGCUUUCAGCUCCCACACUAUGGCAUAUGUUUGAGGAAUUUUGCCUUUGAGCAUUUUCCUUCCACAUGUCUGAAACACCCCUGGAUCUCUUGUUGCUUGAGUGAUUGUAUGAUUCUUAGGAUAUUUGGAAGUACAAAGGGGAAAAUAGAUGCCAGGUUUUUUUGUUACUAGGUGGGAUAUGAAGGGUUCUCUACUGUUAGGAAUAGUAUGUGUUUUGAUAUUCUUAAUAAUCUUAGUAAUCUGGUCUGAAAGUCUGAGACCUUGUCAAUAUUUGUAGUCAAAAAAAACCAAAUUCUUCAACAACUCAAUACUCCAAAUUAAAUUUUCAAAUCCUUGUGACUCUCAGGCUAGGAGGAAAUGUUGAUCAGAUUGAAUCAGUGUAAUAAUUUUGAACUCUCUUUUUAAUUUGCUCAGUGUCUUUGUUUCUAAGUCACCUCUAUGUGUUUUCAAAUAACAUUUUAAUAGAUAUUAGUUUUAUUUUAAUAAAUGUCCACAAACAAAAAAUAUCUGGAAAAAAACCUGUGUGAUUUUUCUUACACAUUCUUUUCUUUGCCACUGGAGGUUAACUGUCAUCCAGAUACUCAUGAUUCGCUAAAUGCAAAGGAGCAAACAUUUGGGAAGAAGAGAGUAAGUUUUGCAGUGGUUUUGUUGUUGUUGUUCCCUUAUUUUAGUACUAAAAAAGUAUGGAAAAUAAAUGUUGCUUUUGUAAAAAGCAAGUCUCGUGGGCUGGAAGUGAAAUUCGGUGGUAAAGCGAGUGUUGUGCAUGCACAGGGCCAUAGGUUUUAUCCUCAGCACCCCCCAACACACACACACACUCAAAUCCCCAGUCUUUGAUUUAUGGAGAAUAUAGCUUAUCUCUGAAUGAAAUUUCUCAGAGUAUGUCAUGGGGACAACAAUGGGAUCACAAUGUAACUGUUUUCUUGUUGCUAUCAUGUUUGGAUUUUAGCAUGGAUUAUUGUGCAUAUCAGUGGCCUUUAAUUUCAGAAAGUUUGGUAAGUGCAGAUACACAUAAGGGAAGGAAAGUGUGCCCAAGAGAAUGGCCUGGGAUCACUGUUGCCAUUCCAGGACUCCUUGCAGUCCUCAGCAGCCCUGCAGUAAUAUUUCCACACAAUUGAGUGAGUGGCCUUCCUCUGAGAUAACAAGCAGGCUUCCUAUGAGCCAAAAAUUUUCUAUUCAGCGUGCUGUGACUUGAAUAUGGAAAUCAUCUUAAUUUCUUCUUUUCUCUUAUGAAGAUAUUUCCAUGCAUGGUUUGUCAAGACAAGAGUUCAUUCUUUGGUAUUGACACACUACUGAAUUAAAACAUGUUGGAGCAAGUUGAAAAAUCAAAAUUAAGCCGGUUCCUCUUAAACAGUUUAAAGCCUUCCUUAGUUCAAAAUAAAUUAAGCACUGUAAAAUGAAGUUAAUUCAGGUAAUUAGUACAUAAGUCUAACCAUAUUAUAUCCCUGGUAUUCCAGUUUCAGGGUAUAAUUAAAUUCUCAGAAAUCUGCAGAACUCCCUAAUUUGGUUUCUAUAUUUAUUUAACAAGACAGGAAACAAAUAUAUGUCAGUAUACCCCAUAAGGGAAGGAACCUGAAUGAAGGAGUUUAUCUUUAGUUACCUAGAAAUAGUACUGAGCUUGAAUUUGAUCAUAUUUAUAUGUUUCAUUUUGCAUCAUAAUUAUUACCAUAGACCAUAUUACUUUAUAAUUACCAUUAUAGGCCAUAUCAAAAAUUUUGAUUCCUAAUUUACUUAAGCAAAAAUAAUAAAAUCAUGCAUUUGACCCAGAAGUAUCAGAUCACAUACUUAGAGUAUGAAUUUGACAGACACCCUCCCCGCCAAUAACUUUCUUAAGUUGAGUUAGAAAGUCAGAUACUGCCAUGAGCACCAGAAGAGUUCUUUUUUCCUAUGAACUUUAUUUUCUCAUUUGUUUUAUUUAAAAUUUUUUAAAUAGUUGUGUAUGUCAAAGUGAUGAAAUUAUAUAGUGAAAAUGUACCUUUUCUAUGAAUAAAGUAUUUUAAAAAA